UCCAUUUCGUCGCGCUCAGUAUUCAGUUUGCCGUCGGUUCAAAAGUAGCAAUAAGUUAACGCGCUUACGGCUUCCUCCCAGUAGCCUCUCACAGUGCUAGUUAGUUAUCACUUUGCUCGCUUACAGAAAGCAUCACACCACACCGCAGUGUGUAUUUUGCUCGACUUAUGCGAAGGAGAUAGCAUUCUCUAACCCAAUAAUAGAAUUAGAACACAAACGCAGUGUAGCGCAAAGAGGAAAACGGUGGAUAGUCAGAGUCGAUCGGUCGCGAGAAAAACAUCCCAUCGUCAGUUGUGUGCUCGCUCGAGUGUGUACUGAAGCGCUAAUCUAAUUACUAUCUGUUACGGUAAUCGUGGUCAUCGCCUCCGUCGCGCAUCGCCGUCAUCAUGAGAGAAAUUGUGCAUCUGCAGGCCGGUCAGUGCGGAAAUCAGAUCGGAUCAAAGUUUUGGGAAAUUAUCUCGGAUGAACAUGGCAUCGAUCCGACCGGUCACUACCAUGGCGACAAUGACCUGCAACUGGAACGCAUCGACGUUUACUAUACAGAGGUCAACGGCAGCAAGUACGUACCACGUGCCGUUCUUGUCGAUUUGGAACCAGGAACCAUGGAUUCCGUCCGUCAGUCUCCCUACGGCGCCCUGUUCCGACCGGAUAACUUCGUCUAUGGUCAAUCCGGAGCUGGUAACAAUUGGGCCAAGGGUCACUACACCGAGGGUGCCGAAUUGGUCGACAACGUGCUCGAUGUAAUUCGUAAGGAAUCCGAGGCAUGCGACUGCCUGCAAGGCUUCCAGUUGGCACAUUCGCUCGGUGGUGGUACCGGUUCCGGCAUGGGCACACUGCUCAUCUCCAAAAUCCGCGAAGAAUAUCCCGAUAGAAUUAUGAACACAUUCUCCGUUGUUCCUUCGCCAAAGGUUUCGGAUGUAGUUCUCGAACCGUACAAUGCCACCCUGUCGGUUCAUCAACUGGUGGAGAAUAGCGACGCUACGAACUGCAUCGACAACGAAGCACUCUACGAUAUCUGCUUCCGAACACUGCGACUGGCCACCCCGGCCUACGCUGAUCUGAACCAUCUGAUCUCCGUCACAAUGUCCGGCGUGACGACGUGUCUCCGGUUCCCGGGUCAGUUGAAUGCCGAUCUGCGCAAGCUGGCCGUCAACAUGGUUCCAUUCCCGCGGUUGCACUUCUUCAUGCCCGGUUUCGCACCGCUCACGGCCAAGGGCUCGCAGCAGUACCGUGCGCUCACCGUUCCCGAACUGACGGCACAGAUGUUCGAUUCGAAGAACAUGAUGACGGCUUGCGAUCCCAGACACGGACGGUACCUGACUUGCGCCGCCAUCUUCCGAGGUGUCAUGUCGAUGAAGGAAGUCGAUCAGCAGAUGCUGAACAUCCAGAGCAAGAAUAGCAGCUACUUCGUGGAAUGGAUUCCGAACAAUGUGAAGGUGGCUGUGUGCGAUAUCGCUCCACGUGGCCUGAAGAUGUCGGCAACGUUCAUCGGCAAUACGACGGCGAUUCAGGAGAUCUUCAAACGUAUCUCCGAACAGUUUACGGCCAUGUUCAGACGGAAGGCUUUCCUCCACUGGUACACAGGCGAAGGCAUGGAUGAGAUGGAGUUCACCGAGGCGGAGUCCAAUAUGAACGAUUUGAUCUCCGAGUACCAACAGUAUCAGGAUGCGUCGGCUGAAGAGUACGAGGAUAACGAGGAGAUUAUCGUGGAAGAAGGUGAACAAACGGUGGAGUAGGCCCUAGCACGACUGGUGGGCCGCUGUUUGUUGCCUUUUCGGAAAAUGUGUUCCAUAUUUACAAACAGAAUUUA